ACUAAAGUAUAAGUUAUGAGAGCGACUACAUUCGGUGACUUAAAAUGCGAUGUUUUUACUUGUUGGUUGGUACCAAAUGAAUAUAGUUUAUUAUUUUGAUAAAGCUAUACAAUAAUCAUAAAUUGUUUUAGAAAGGACAACCAUCACCUUGACGUGUUUCAUAAUGCUGUCAUAUACCGCAACAUGCUACGGUGGUUUGAUUUUGGUCUCGAUGUCAUUUUGUGUCUACACUCAACCAUCAUGCAACAGAAACAAUCAUACUUACGGACAGCAGACGCGUUAUAAGCGGCCAGGCCGAUGGACCAAUGAUAUCUAAGGGGAACCGGUUUUAGCGGCUAAAAUCGACCCGGUGGACCAAUUUUAGCUUUAGCAAUUUUGGCGUGACAUACAGUAAUAUACGGUACCAACUGCGGAGGCACAUUUACUACAACAUUAAUCACCACAAUUUUGUUUUGGAAAAUAAGAUCACCUUUCUUCAUAUGGCUACAUACAGAUAGAACUAGGCCUAUGGCAAUUAUGUUAAAAUUAAAUACGUUUCUCUCUCAUUUUGUAUUUUAUGUGAUUUUAUAUAAGUGGAUGCAAAAGAUGCUUCUUCUCAAAUGUCGAAACAUUAUGCAAUUUGUGUGUACCACACACUCCAGGGCAAGGUAAUUACUGUACUUAUUUAUAUAAUUUGUAAAGUAGUAGACAGCCUGAAAAAAAAACUAAUAAUAAUGUAAUGAUUAUGAUUUAAAGUGCUUCUUUUAAAAAUGAAUGCUAUUAGUAUUGAGAAUUACUACUACAAAACAAUACCCAAGGCUACAGUAACGACAGUCUGUAUUAACCGACAUUAAAUAACCUAUACAACCGUCUACAGUAAAGCAAACGUGUUUUCAAUGUAUUUUGUUUCUUUGAAAUUUAUGUACCGUGUACCGUAAUCUACUACCUCGAAAAAAGCCCUGCUAUCUUGAAAAGAAGCCCAUGGUCUUCUUUGAGGGAUGGGAUUCCUUUCGAGGUUUGCAAACUAAAGAAGAGGGGGUGAUGGCCUAAAUUCGAGAUGGGAUUCUUCAUCUUUAGAUUAAGCCAAUUGGAUUAUAUUCGAGGUUUUACAGUAUUUCGAUAUGCUGUUACUCUAGUUAGUUUAAUCAUAAAAUCAUGUGGCCCCAUGUAAAGAAAGUUUGGUUGUGGGUUGACACUUUUUUUACGAGUAAAAUCAAUGUAAACCGUGCUUUUUUAAGUGGUUGAAAAACCCCCAAAUUUUAUGAAGGACUACUUCUGUCACAGAUAACCUAGCACGAUCGUGUCCUUGGCACAUACCGGUAUGCAAUGGCAAAAAAACAGGACUUUUAGUCCAGAGGCUAGAAACCAAAAAGGUGCACUCCCUGCUUUAUUCCUGUCAUUUUUUUAGUUACCUUUAUGUCUAACCUUCAAAAAUGCCUUAUUACUCAAGCGAUAUCUGGUCGCCAGUGGCUAUAAACCGACAUCGAAGAUAGGUAUACCAGUUUCUGUAGGCAUUAGAAUUUGGGAGAUUUAUUUGGGUAGGGGUUAAAUUUAUGCCCACAACUUUUUACCAAUUGAAUAUAUUUUCUUUUCAGUAUCAAGUGUAGAAUGAUAUGUUUCCUAUCAUUUGGUAUAAAGGACAGUGUAAUUACAUCGUUAGUUAUGUUACAGGAGGUCGAAAGGUCAUCAAUCAAAUACAGUAUCAACAUCGAAUUUCGCAUAAAAUAUAUAUUAAAACUUGUGAUAAUAUUUUUUCUAUCCCAUUAAAAACUGAAUUAACAUGGAUAAAAGUUAGCUGAAGUAAACCAUAUAAAUUAUUAAUUUGUUAUUAAUUUUAUUUCAUAAUCAAUGGGCGCUCGUUAUAAAGCUUGCUUGCUGUGGCGACCCUUUUUCCACUAUAUUUAAAUGUUCUGAUGGGCCUACAUUUUUAUCCAUUAUUGUUUUUGCUUAUGUAUUUCUCCGUCUAUGUAUGUUGUGUUGAUGAUGUGGAAAUAAACUUUAUACUGAAUUGAAUUGAAUUGAAAUUAAAAUUUUGAAAAAAUUAGAACUUCAUUUUGGGAAACUAGAUCUACAUUUUGAGAAAUUUACGCCUACGUCUUGAUAAAUAAGAUAUUGAAUUUUGCAAUUACAUUUUGAUUUUAACAUGGACUUUUGCUGCGUAUGGCACCCAAUACAUACAGACCUUGUCUUCGGCGGGGCUUGUCAAUGUGAGAUCCUUGGGAAUAUAUUAGGCUUAAUUGGCAGCCUUAUGAUAUGAGAAAUUAAUAAUUGUAAUGCUAAUUCUCCCUCGAUUAUAACAUAUGCAGUGGUGUAUCUAGGAGUCUUAUACGAUGUGUUGCAAUUUAUUGCAGAGCAACGUCCUCCACUGCCGUACGUCGCCAUACCGCAUCGCGGUGUACAAUUUUUUAUUUGGGAAUUGACAAUUAAAUACGCGACGACUUGGUAACGAAAGUUUGGUAGAGUUUUUUUUUAGAUCCAGCCGUACGGGGCCAUUUUUGUAUUCCCACCAUGCAUUGCGGUAGAACACCUUUUUUCUGUGGAGAACUCUAUCUUGUGUUUCUAGUAUCUUUGCUAUUACGUCCAAUGCGGCCUGUGGCGGUAACGGCAAGCCUGUUCAUGAAUGACGCUGCGCGUCUUAAACUACAGCGGUGGACCUUUCCUAUCAAUGACUCUAUUUCUACACCUCCUGUUAUACUCCUAAUCCUACACUUUUGGAGUCCUUAGGGGGUCGGCUUUACCCACUAGAACCAGAACCAUCGAUGGGGUGUUUUCAGCUUAUGGUCAAAGGACACAUAGAGUCAAAACCCUAAAAUGAUUGAAGUCUAUUUCUGCCACAAGAAACAUAGCACUUGAUUAGGAGCAUUUUCACAGUUUUUGGGCUGAUAGAUAAUGAUUGUGACACUAAAUGCUAAAGUAGAAAGAUUACAUUAUCAAAAUUAUCCAAUUUAACUCAAAUUUACCAGAAAUAAUCUGAUUUAGUUCAUGUUCUAUUGAACAUAUUUUUUAGUUAUUAUUAUUAUUAUUAUUAUUAUUAUUAUUAUUAAUUUUAUUAUUAAUAUUAUUAUUAUCAUCAUUAUUGUGAUGAUAUUAAUCUAUUAUGAUCACGCUUUGUCAACUGAACCAAUCAGAAGAGAGUAUACAAACUGCAUGCGAAGGAACAGAUUUGAACCUUACCUGUGAAGGAGAAAGUACACUUGACAUCCACAGUACGUUGUAUGGCCGUCUUGACACAGAAACAUGCCUAAAUGAUCAUGUCCGUCAAACAUGCUGUAUCGCUGAAUCGGCGCUCCAAAAGGUACAGGAGGCUUGCCAAUACCAAAGUUCAUGCGUUGUAAAAGCAGAAAAUGGGGUAUUCGGAGAUCCGUGUUUUGGAGUGUUCAAAUAUCUCCAAGUUUUUUAUACGUGUGAAGAUAAAGAAAUGCCACACGUGACUGAAUUGACUAAAAUUAGUACAUCAGUAUUCACUGAUUCUAAAGAUGGUCAAGGUGGUAAUAGAGAGAGUACUACCAAACAAUUCGUGGGAACAGGACAGAAAACAGAUAAAGGAGAAGUAACAUAUGGAGGCAAGGCGACUCCACCAACCACUACUGGCAUACUGGAACGGCAGAAUAAAGGAGAGUCUUUAGUCGAAGUUUCCGUAGGAUCAGUUGUAUCUGUGUUUAUACUAAUCGGCAUUGCAACACUGACUUUGUAUUUUAAAAAAAGAAAAAAAAAUGGGUCUCCACAUUCAGUGUCGCAUGAAAUGACAAAUAGUAUCUAUAUGACCAAUGCAAAUGAAUCACAUAGCAUGGAAAUAUCUGACAUCAGCCCUAGGCACAAUGCAUUGCACGAUGCGACAACAGAAAAGCCUGCAAAUGAAUAUGGUAGGUACCCAGGUGACGGACAGGAGCGACUGAUGUCAACAGUUAGCGCAGUGACACCAAAUGAUUCAACUUAUUACAGCACACUACAGAAGGAGGAGGAGAGUAAAUCUCAAUCUACAUAUAUGUUUCUUCAUCAUGAUGCAAGCACCACAACGAACUCAGGUUCGACUGAACGACAGAUAAAGACUGAGGCAGAUUAUUCUUACGCUAGCUAUCCUGGGAAAAGUCGGAUGGACAACGAGGAAGCAUCAAAUGAUUCACCUGAGUACUGCGCACUGCAAAAGGAGGAGAGUGACGUCAUACAAAAACAGAAUACAUCGAAAUCUAAAUACAUGGUACUUCAACAUGAUACAAAUACUACAACGAACACAGGUUCGUUUGCAACUGAAAAGGAUCCUGAAUCUGAAUAUUCAUACGCUAGCUUUCCUAUGAAUACCCGGACUGACAACGACAAAGUACCAACGGAUUCACCUGUAUACUACACCUUGCCGAAGAAGCAAGACAGUGACGCCACUGAUCCGACAUCUAAUGUAAGAGUAAAACCUAGUAAUACCGACAUUCCGAAGAUGGGCGGAUUGCAAUCUGAAUACAUGUGUCUCCAACAAGAUGGAAGUAGGUCUACCGCAAUCGUACCUCCUGAUCCUAACGCUGAGGAGGCAGAGAGUGAUGUUGAGUAUGAGUACGCUUAUACUACCUACCAGGGAGAAAAUCAAUAUCAACAGAAACCGAUGGGUAAUGCAGAUCGAUCGAAUAAUUACAUGCAGGUGAUAGACCAGGGCAGUGACGUCAUAAAUAAAUUGAACGUUAGAUCACUUCAAAAUGAUGAUGCUUAUGCUGAACUGAGGCUUGGUGUGAAUGAUUCCAACGAAGGACCAUACGAUACGUUAAAUCACCUCAUUCGCACUAGAGUUCCAGAUGACGUAACUGACGACUACAAUAAGCUGAUACCCACCCCUGCUUUUGAUGAAGAGUCAGAGGAAUAUUCUCAUCUUAACAGGAAAUUUCUGAACACGGAUGAAAGUGUGAUCGAUGCUAGCUAUGGAAAACUCAAACUGUCAGUAGAACCAGCGCAUGGAUUGAUUUAAACCACAUGGGCGAAACUUGUAUGAUAUUGAUUUUAAAGUAUAUCCUUUUUUUAAAAAAUAUAAAUGACAUUAAAAAUAAUAAAAUCUAGAAAAAGAAAUACAGGGAUUGUACAACACGGGAUAAUUUACUUUUUGGAGUUUACUUCCAGUGACAAUUUUUAUGAAUCUUGUUCUUUUUCAAGUCCAAAAUGUAAACUUGCCAAAGAAUGGGUUUCAAUUCUAACAUAGGUUAUUAGUAGAGUACUGUUGCUAGUUAUUAUCAUUUAUUAGUAGUACUUAAAGUCUUGCAUGGUGAAACAAGAAAUAAUUCAUAUAAAAGUGUUUUAAAUCGUUGCCUUUUAAUUUUUUUAUCUUAAUUUACACCCACGUAACAAUAAUAACAGCUACAUUAAUAAAAACAAAAUAAAAUAUUAUUGAUAACAAUAUAAAAAGGAA